GCUUUCCCGCGCCCUGCCUGCCUUCUUCGCUACCUCCUCUUCCUCCAGGCUAAGGAUGGAGGAUCCCUUCAGCCCCUCAACUCUGUCGCCGGCACCCAACCUCUCCGUACCCAUCUCGCUGGGCUGGGGUCUCAACCUGACUUCCGGACAGGGAGCCCCCGCCCCGGGGCCGCCGCCGCCGCCGCCGCCCGGGCCGCCCAGCCGCCGCGUCCGCCUGGUCUUCCUGGGGGUCAUCCUGGUGGUGGCGGUGGCCGGCAACGCCACGGUGCUGUGCCGCCUGUGUGGCGGCGGCGGGCCCUGGGCGGGUCCCAAGCGUCGCAAGAUGGACUUCCUGCUGGUGCAGCUGGCCCUGGCCGACCUGUACGCGUGCGGGGGCACCGCGCUGUCGCAGCUGGGCUGGGAGCUGCUGGGCGAGCCGCGCCGGGCCGCGGGCGACCUAGCGUGCCGCUUCGCGCAGCUGCUGCAGGCAUCCGGCCGGGCCGCCUCGGCCCACCUCGUGGCGCUCAUUGCCCUCGAGCGCCAGCGCGCCGUGCGCCGUCCGCAGGGCCCGCCGCUGCCCGCGCGCGCCCUCGCCGCCCUGGGCUGGCUGCUGGCGCUGCUGCUGGCGCUGCCCCCCGCCUUCGUGGUGCGCGGGGGCGCCCCCUCGCCGCCCCCCGCCGCGCCCCCGGCCGCCCGCGCCUGGCCGGGGGGGCGUCGCUGCCGCGACAUCUUCGCGCUCCUGCCGCGCUGGCACCUGCAGGUCUACGUGCUCUACGAGGCCGCCGCGGGCUUCGUGGCGCCGGUCACGGUCAUGGGCGUCGCGGGCAGCCGCCUGCUCUGCGCCUGGUGGCAGCGCCCGCCCCAGGCCCCAUCGGCCGCGGCACCCUGGCCGGCGAGUCCCGGCCGAGCCCCCGCGCCCAGCGCGCUGCCCCACGCCAAGGUACAGAGUCUGAAGAUGAGCCUGGUGCUGGCGCUGCUGUUCGUGGGUUGCGAGCUGCCCUACUUCGCUGCACGGCUGGCGGCCGCGUGGUUGCCCGGACCGGUGGGAGACUGGGAGGCCGAGGACCUGGCGGUGGCGCUGCGCCUCGUGGGGGUGGCCACCAGCGCUCUCAAUCCCUUCGUCUACCUCUUCUUCCAGGCGGGCGACUGCCAGCUCCGGCGGCGGCUCCGGAGGCGCCUGGGCGCAGUGUGGUGCGCGCGGGAGGGUGUCGCGGAGGACGACGAGGGGGCCCUGGGCCACCAAGCGCUCCACCGCUACCGCUGGCCCCACCCCCAUUAUCACCACGCUCGGCGGGAGCAGCCAGAGCACGGCUGCUUGCGCCCACCCCCGCCGCGCCCCCGGCCGCCGCCCUGUUCCUGCGAAAGCGCCUUCUAGGUGCUCGAUGGCCAGAGACAGGUCACCAGCCGCUGUGGCACAGCCUUCACGGAACACGAGGCCGGCCCGGGUCUAUCCAGAUCAUAACAGGCAGGAGGGUCUCCGAGAGAGCGACCCUGAAGCUGUCCCCUUCCUCCACUCUCCUAUUAUAUUUCUUUCUCAUGUUGACGUUUUCCUACACUCUUCUGGUUUCUUUUCUCCCAGUUCCUCUCACAUUUCUCCAUUUGGAGAUGAGAGCGAGCCAUUGGAAAGUGGUAAAAACCAAGUUACAGAGUUAUUUCUGCAGUUCUCUUUCACAUUCCCAUAAUGUUCUGGAUAAGAUCGUUUGUUUUAGUUAAAUUGCCAAGCUUUCAUUAUUUGCUGUUAUCAUCUGUUUUUACUUCUUUUGAAUCGUGUUUAAAUCAAGUGGACCUUUAGGACCAGAGACUUUGGCUUGCUUUCUGGGAGGAAAAACAUUGCUCUCCCUGAGGAGCCGGGAGAUUGUACCAGUGAUACUGUCAGACAUGUAAUCGUGCUGUCACUUCAGAACCACAGAGUAUUUGCAAAAUAAAAACAUUUCCCA